AUGUUAUCGACCAUCUUUGUUCCCAUUGACCCUCUCACUCUCUUAUCUGUGAGGUACUCGAACAAGCUCCACCGCAUUGCGCUCUUGGUGCAGCUUUCCGGCAAGCAAUGGACCUCACUUCACUGGGACCUGCUUAGGGAGGAUCUAGCGGGCGAUGUGGCGAUUGCAUCUGACAUAGAGGCUCUCACGGGCUUCUACCGAACUUUUCAUGCCGUCUCCCCCGAGACUACUAUCCACAGCUGGGGCAAAUAUGUCUUAGUCUUCCCCGACUUACAACUCGUUGCUCAGCAGUUCAUACGAGUCAUUGACAGGAUUGCAGAGGCUGAGGACACUCAGCUCAUACGAGUCAUUGACAGGAUUGCAGAAGCUGAGGACACUAUUCCGGACUUGACGGCCCAAACGGCAAUCGGCAUGGUCGCCUUCCUAGCACUCCAUCAGCAUGUUCUAGCCCGUCAUCCUACUGUCAAGACUAAACCCUUGACUGUCAACUCCGUGAUGGCCGUCCUACGGGCCCUAUUGGCUUGCUGCCAUGAUCGCAUCACGUCUGCCGACAAUGCCGGCACCUUGGCGUCCACCAUUGUUCUGCUCAUUCAAUCGGCAGAGCCGGAAGACCAAGAUGUCCGGCAAGCUCUUCACCGACAUAUAUCCCUAUCUGUCGAUGUGAACAUUGCUGCCGAUGCCGUCCUCGACCACUUCUUCAUUCCUGGCUGCGGCAUCAAGGUUCCCUCGUGGGGCCUUUUGACCGGCAUGUGUGACGGGCGUCGGCUCUUGGAUCAUCAGACCGUUGCUGCCAAAACUUACCUGCGCCGGCACAGCCCUACACCGCUUAGUCCCCAGCAGGUUUCUGCAGCUGCGGAUGCCUACAAGAAGGUAAAAGCACUUGCUCUGGAUGUGGAAGAGCCCACUACUACUCCAAGGCCUGCCAAAGGAAUGAUUGGCCUCGUCACCGUGAUACCUGCAAGGAAAUAUGGCAGGCAAUCUCAAGGCUUCAGAAUGGACAGGACAGAGAGUCUGCACCUGGGGAGGAAUGGCAGUAGGGGGUAUUCGGGGGAGAGUACACUGCGUCCGGCGGGGUCGGCAGCUGCAUCCGGUGGGGUCAGCAGCUCCGUUCGGCAGCAAUGGCGCUCCCGGCAGCACUAUCAGCACGGCAGGCACCGGGUGUCGUCCAUCAACGGCGGCUAG